AAUUCGAGCACCAUGAAGCUCUUGUUCCUGUGUCUGGGUGUGAGCCUGUGUGUAAUUUACAACAAUGCUGAAUAUCUCAAGGAUGAAGAAUCCGCUGUAGCCGUCGCCGACGACUUGGUGGCUGCCGCUUCUCAUCACUCGUCUCACCACGAAGGCGGUGGCGGACACGAGGGACACUCAGGGCACCAUUCCGAUCAUGGAAGCAAGGGCUCAAAGGGUCACCACCACCACCACCAUCACGGUGGCGGACACCACGGCCAUCAUGGAAAACAUCAUGAAGCCGGUCACCACGGUGAACACGGUGGACACCAUAACGAACAUCACGAAGGCGGCGGGCAUCACCAUUCACAUCACGGCGGCGGACACCACUGGAAGGGUGGCAAAUUCGGCCACCACCAUGGCCAUGACAAGGGACAGAAGACCCACGGUUACCUCAAGAAGCAACACAAGGACGACUUCCACAAGAAUCACAAAUUCUACGACGAUGCUCAUAAGAAAGGCCACCACGCCAAACACGGACAUUUCCACGAUUACCACGAAGGCCACUCUGGGCACUACAAGAAGGGAGAUAACCACCAUUCGGGACACGAAGGUGGACAUCACGGAAAGAGCGGACACCAAGAAGGAGGACACCACUCUCACGGACACCACGGACACGAGGGACAUGGGGGCCACGAAGGUCACCACCAUCACCACGGUCACCACAGCAAGAAGGGUGGUCACUCUGGCGGAAAACAUCACGGUUACGACCAUAAGAACUAAUGACUGCGUUGUUUUA